AUGACAUAUGACAUAUACACCGUCAAGACUGGGACAGACAAUUCUGUCCCAGUCAUGAUAAAGCCCUUCUUCCCACAGGUCCAUAACAGCCUCCUCCUCCAUGGUCGAGGUCAUGCUCGGGAAUGCACUUUCUACACCUUGAGAGAUCACCCCGAUUCCCAUGUCGUUAUGUGGCGGUAUUUGCAACCGUCGAACACCUUGCUGGCCGUCCACUGUCGGGAGGAGGAGGUCCCCCUGCUGAAGGAGUCCCUGAUGCAGUCGCAGCUGAUCGACUGGAAGGGAAGGCUGUGCGUGUUCCACGUGCCUGAGUAUCUGGUGGACACCGUGAAGGACGUCGUGGAGGACAAGGGAGGCCAGGAACUGAGGAUCAAUAAAUGCUGCACUUAUACUGGUGAUAAUAUUGGGGAUCCUCAUGCUUAUCUGGCGGAGAAUCCAAUCCGGUGUCCGGCUGGAUUCCGGGUAGCACGGCUGGGCAGGGCUGGAGUCAGCCUCAUGAGGAACACAGCGGAGUACGACAUAUGCAGGACUCUCGACGACAUGGUUCACAUCACGAAGCACGCCCCUUCGGUCGGCCUAUACCAAGACCCGAGCGUAGAAGAGGAAACCUGCGUGGACAUUGAGAACGUGCCCUUCGCUGGGGACGAGGAGGAGCCUGUAGCUUGGGUCACAACUUCAUUCUACGGAGCGAUGGGCACCAUGAUGACCUUGGAAGGGUAUCGAAGUCGCGGGUAUGGAGAGCUGGUAACUCGGGUUAUCGCAUUGAUGUUCGCUGCCCAGGGUUACGUCCCCGUGGGCCAUAUAGACGUUGAUAACUUUCCUUCUGUUAAAUCGCUCAACAGGAUAAGCACGGUGCCUAUGUCCCAUUAUGACUAUUUCAUGUUCCGGAAGUGAGAGGCAAAAAUAUCUCUUUGCUAUCGAUUACAACUUCAGAGAGACAUGUACACUGAAAUGAAACUUUACGUCCUCAAGGUAUUCCAUGUUCAAGUUAUUUCACCGUGGCUUUUUGGAAUUUGACCUAAAGGCCUCGGCUUGAAUUUCUGUAUCCAGCGAGCAGGCAUAUGAACAUAUGGAUUUGUUGUCUGUCGGUCUAUAUCAGGGGUGGCCAACCUUUUGUGAGAUAUGAUCUUUUUCGUCGGUUACCCUGAUGCGAUCUACCAGCCUAAGAUUCAAACAUAUUCCAUAAAUGUA